AGGAAUCAAAGAAAAAGAAAUAGAAACAAAAGGUUUAGUAUAAUUUAGACAUGAGUGACUCAAAAUUGGAAGAAGGUGGAAUAAAGUCGGAGAGGAAUUCUAACUUUCUUGGUUCUAAUGAGGUAGUUCAAGUGAUACAAAAGGUAAUAGCAGAGGUUAUAGGUACAUAUUUCGUGGUAUUUGCAGGGUGUUGCUCUGUGGUUCUGAAUAAUGCAGAAGAGACUAAAGGGACAAUAACGUUUCCUGGAGUUUGCGUGGUGUGGGGUUUGAUAGUAAUGAUCAUGGUUUACUCAGUUGGUCAUGUCUCUGGUGCUCAUUUCAACCCAGCAGUCACUCUCAGCUUUGCUUUAUAUCGCCAUUUCCCUUUGAAACUCGUGCCUCUAUAUUUUAUUGCUCAAGUACUAGGAUCUUUCCUUGCUAGUGGUACAUUGUACCUUCUCUUUCAUAUAGAUGAUAAAUCUUAUUUUGGAACAAGACCUGCAGGACCUCAUUCUCAAUCUCUUGUUUUUGAGAUACUCACAUCCUUUCUCUUGAUGUUUGUUGUCUCUGCAGUUGCCACUGACAAUAGAGCGAUUGGAAAAUUCGCAGGAAUAGCUGUUGGUAUGACAAUCAUUGUAGACGUCUUCAUUGCUGGACCUGUGUCAGGGGCAUCUAUGAAUCCAGCAAGAAGCCUUGGACCUGCUUUAGUGAUGCACAUAUACACUGGAUUUUGGAUUUACAUGGUUGGACCAUUUGUUGGUGCAAUAGUGGGUGCCUCAGUCUACAACUUGAUUAGAUUUACAGAGAAACCACUUAGAGAACUUGGCUCAGAAUCGAUUAGAUUUGCAACUAGAUCAAAUUCCCCUUAGACAACAUUUCAUUGUUUUAAAUACUUAAAAUGCAGGAUUCCAAAAUAUGGUGGUGUUGAUUUCUCAAACCAUUUUUGAAUGUAUAUGUUCCUAUGUAUAUAUUCUUUUGGUGAAUGAAAUUUAUAAACAAGACUAGAAACUUUUUUAA